CAAUUUUAUGGCGGGAAUUUAGUGUGCGUUGUGUGGUGAAAAUAGUUCCGCUGUCAAAAGGAGGGAGCGUUGGAUGAAUUGUGUCUUAUCAAGAAGACUGUGUGUAUAAUCGGUUUCGAUACUGAGGGUCCGAAGAGGAAAAGUCAAUUUACUUGCCCAGAAAGCAGCUGAUUAUUGACUAUGGGGCGUAAAACAUCAAAAGGAAAGGAAAAAAGGCUGCAGCAGAGAGAGGAAGCUCUUCAGAUAGCUGCUGCCAAAGCUGUAGUUGACAAAGCAAAUGCUCAAGAAGAUCCUCUAGCACCAUUUCCUGCCUUCAGAAAUUUCAACAAAAAUGGAGUUGAGGCAACACUUUCUUGUGUUAAAAGUGAAAACAUUGACAACGAUACGUGGAAUUGGAUUUUUAAUUUACUGGAGUGCAAUAUGAAACCGUUGUACAACUCUUGCAGUUGGGGUUGGAAUGAGAAAGUAAAGAAAGAAGAACUGACUGAUGAACGAGCAUUAUAUCUUGUAGCAAGGGAUAAGGAGGGCAAAGCAUUAGCAUUCUCGCAUUUCCGAUUUGAUUUAGAUUAUGGGGUAGAAGUUUUGUAUUGCUAUGAAUUGCAGCUGGAAGCCGCGGUUCGGAGAAAAGGUCUGGGGAAAUUUAUGAUGCAGGUAUUGGAACUGAUGGGAUUUUCAGCCAAAAUGAAAAAAGUUGUGCUGACAGUCCUGAAGCAUAAUCCAGAUGCAAUGAAUUUCUUCACCGCUCUGAGGUAUUCACUGGACGAAACCUCUCCAGAAGACAACUUUUAUGAAGAGUUUCCAUAUGUAAUUCUCAGUAAACCAAAUAAGAAGCUACUGUCAUCAGUGUAAUGGUUUGCUGAAAAUGACUGAAAAUAUUGACUAUUAUGUUUAUCACAAAUGUAUUGACACAUUUUAUCAUUAUAUAAUCGCGUCAAAACUGCCUUGAGUUCAAGAAGACUGCAGCAAGUGCCAAACUUUCAAGUUGUGUUGUCUGCAACAAUCCUGGAGAUCAGUCCAUGCCAAGGCUCAGUGUCUGUAAAAUCAACUUUUGGAGAAAGAUCGUGGAAGCUACUGUAUUAGGAACUCAAUUUCCAUUGCUGACUGAGUGUAGAAUAGUUUCCACACUGUGUUAACAAAAUCAGUUUGCAUCUGUUUGCUCGCAUUCUGUAGAUCCCUUCAAGGAAGACGAUCUUCAGGGAUAUGGAACAAGUCAAAGUAUACAUUAACAAAAACAGAGAGAUCAUAUACAAGGAAUGUUCAGAAAGUAAGUGUACUGUGAGCAUAUCUGGCUGUGGGUGUUAUUUUUUAAGAGUUUGCAAUAAUGCGUGUUAGAAGGGAUGCCUGACCAGAGCGAACAUCGCAGGAACACAGUAGUAUUUAAACUCGUGUCAUGUCCAGUUGCGUGAAAAAUUUAAGUAACAGAUCCCACCAUGUGCUGUGAUCAGCUCCCUACUCAUGGAGGGAACAACAUCUAUUGAAUUUUUCCCCAAAUCUAAAUGGUUUACAGUGAAAGUGUUGUGAACAGGGCAAGGGUGUUUAAUUGUUGUAGGGAAUUUGGAGGAGGCUGAACAAACAGUCAUGAUGAACAGAGGAGUGGAAGACUUUCCAUUUUUAAGGAGUUGGUACAAAAAAAUAAAGGAUGCUGUUCGUGAAGACUACUAAUUGUCAGUGGGUGAAAUUGCUGCCAUGUUUCCACAACUCUCCAGAUCUCUUUUACAUGAGAAACUCGGAGAAACACUGGGAUACUGGAAACUGUGCUCAGGAUGGGUCCCAAAACGGAUGACUAGAGCAGCAUGAGAUAAAUUGGGCAAUCCACCUGUUUUGUUACAAAAUGAAACUUGUGGGGCUCAUUAUAUGCCACGGACAAAAAACAAUGCCUCAGUUUUUGGGACCAGAAAGGCAUCAUUUUGGUCAAAAUUUUGCCCCAGGGGGGACUGUCUGUGCAUGACGAUACCAAGAUGCUAAAAAAGCUCAAUAGGAACAUUCAAAACAAAAGGAGGGGCAUGCCACUGAGAGGAGCAUGCUUGUUGCAUAACAGUGCCUGGCCUCAUGCUGCCUUAGCCACAAGGCGCUCGUGGACUCGGUCGGAAUGUUUUGAAUCGUCCCCAAAUUUCUGUGACUUGGCUUCUUCAGAAUAUCAUCUUUUCACCUCCUUGAAGGCACACAAGUGGAAUUAAGUUUUCAACCGACAAGCAGGUGCAAAAAGAGGUUCUGAAGUGGUGGAAACAGCUCGUGGGAGACUUCUUCAAGGAGGGUAUAAAGAAUCUUGUGCCGUGGCUCGCUACAUGUGCUGAACAGGAUGGCAGUUAUGUAGAAAAAUAAUUAACAAGUGUAUUAACAGUACCUUGUAAUUUUUUUCCAAAUACACUUUUUCUGAAAAAAACAUUAAAAUCUAGUACACUUACUUUCCAAACAUGACUCAUAUACUGACACUGUGUACUGUAUUUACAGUAAGAUAUUGCCAUUCUACUAUAUGCUAUGCAAAUUUAUACCAGCUAAAUUUAAUUAAGUUAGAAAGCAGGCUUCUGCUUUGAGAAAAGCUGUUGCCUCUUCAGAUAUUUUGAAUAACUACUAGGUAGCUUCUAGUUCUACAAAUGCUCUGUCUAUUUACAGUGCAUUACUCCUUGUCAUGCAGCUUAACAACUAUCACUGACACUUUCCAUUUAGCUAACAGAACUUAUCAACAUUGAAUAAGGAUAUCAAGAUAAUUUGUUGAAAAAGUGGCUUAUGAGGUAGGUUUAUAAUUUUCUUUUAAGCUGGUAGGGAUUCUCGAUUACUUUCCUUCAUAAAAUUUAAAUGGGGAUUGUAGUCAGAUAAACAAUAUUACAUAGUAGUUAAGUGGCAGCAGGAGAAAUAGCACACAAAAGUUAGGGAAAUGUGCAAGCUUUAGGAGCCAUUGGCUCCUACUGACAGAAGGAUUGAAGGGAAAAGGUGACUGGUGAGGUUUAGAAAAUUGAGAGAAUUAUUGAAAAGUCUCCCAGAAUCCUGAGUGAGGAGAUACCAUACAUUUUGCCUUCUCAUCCUGUCUUUUAAGUCUCCCCUGAUCCAGGGUUCUGAGUGACUUUGUAAAUCUCCCCAUUUCCUUACCUUGCCAGUCCUGUUCAUUUAUCCCAUUCCUUUCCCUUCUAUCCUUCUGUGAAAAGGAGCCGCUGGCUCUGAAAGCUUGCACAUUUUCAUAAAUUUUGUGUGCUGCCUCCUGCCAAUCCAGGGUGAGUAGACUUGAUCUAUCUAAUCUAUACCACCAUAUAAAGAUGAGUAGUUUCCUAAUGUUGUUAUCAAAAUAGUAAAAAUAUAGAGCAGUUCUUGACAGAUUUACUUAUAAUUUUUACAUGAUAGUCGCAAUAAACGCCCAGAGGGUCAUAGACCACACUUGUAAUAAAAAAAAGUUCAUGAUCGAUAUACUUAAAAUUUUUAGAUGGACGUAGGAUACAUAUUUUUUUAUAUACAUGGUACAUGAAGAAAUAUAUAAAAUGUAUACCACUAUAGAAAGGCAGGUCACUGUUUAACAUCAUUGCGAAAAAUCUCGAAAUCUUCGUACCCAGUUUAAUUAAAACUUUGAUAUGGUUCUAUAAUAAACAUUUGGGUAGACAUAGGCUAUAUAUUUUUAAUAUACACGGUAUAUAAAUGUACAUAUGUAUGCUUAUAAUACAUCAAGGGAAACCUUGUUAGAAAAGUUCUUGGCCAUUGUGCUUCUAAUUUUUUCACAAUACUUUUAUAAAUAUUCAGACAGAGACUGUAUAUUUUUUUAAACUACAAUGUACAGGCUUUCUGUUAAAAUAAACUGUGAGAAUGAAAAUUUUGUGCUGUGCUAUACUGUGAAAA